GACAAGCGCUUUAUAGUCUGUGAACUAGACCGCUAAAUAUUCAUUCAUGCAGGUCAAUGCUUCGAUCAUUUUAGUGAUAGAUACAAUAACGGGCGUUUACAACUUUUAUAAAAGUUUUAAAAUAAUUAGGAUGGGAAGAGGAUGUCUAGUCCAUCUACAUGUUUGAAAUAACUCAUUCUUCGAAGGGGGUGCAAGAAGUAAGGCCGAGAAGUUGUUUUAAUAAGUUAUAACAUAAUGACACAGAACGUGGCUAAAUCCAGUAUUACUAUAAGGACAAGGGGGCAGGUUUUUGAGAGUGGUGUACAAGUGACCCGACUAAUUUCGUCAUGCUUGUGCUCAAGAAAUAGUUAAGAAAAGUUAUGGAAUUGUUAAACCUGAGGAUAAUUUAUCUACACACUUUUUGUGUAGAAACGUGGAUAUUAUCAUUUAUUUAACACUGAAACUUGGAAGUUACUGUAGAAGUUUUAAUAUUGACUAGUUAGUAAAUAGAAACGUUGUUUAAAUUUUUAUAAACUUUGUUUAGUUGAGAUUUAGAGUUAUAACUUAGGAUUAUUCAGAUGUUUGAGUUUUAUUGUAUUAUUCCGGCUUCUAGACCGAUGAAUGGCAAAUUAUCAAGUACUAUGGCCAGAAGAAAAUAUGGAUUUAAGACAAUUAAUUUUGCUGUCUUCUUUUUCGGUCUUCUUUUUGGUCUUCUGACCGGAAAUUGGAUAAAAGGCACCAUACUGGGUCCCUAUUCAAUCUCAGAAUGUGGUUUUCCAGAAAUGGAUAGCCCAAGUGGUGCAUCGGGAGAGGCUAUAGACAUUCCGUAUGAACAGGGAAAGCCCCAAGAGAAAAAAGAUACUUUUGUCAUUGUGGGAAUCAUGACAGCCAAGAAAUUUAUUGAUACCAGAGGACUGUCAGCAUUUAGAACAUGGGUCAACUCAAUCAAUGGAAAAGUGAUGUUUUUCUCUAGCGAAGGAUCUAAAUCAGGUUAUGGAGUACCUGUUGUGCCACUACCUGGUGUGGAUGAUUCUUAUCCACCACAGAAGAAAUCAUUUAUGAUGUUAAAAUAUAUGCAUGAUCAUUUUAUUGAUAAUUAUGAAUGGUUUGUUCGAGCAGAUGACGAUGUAUUCAUUAAAGGAGAUAAAUUAGAAAAGUUUCUGCGAUCAAUAAAUAGUUCAAAACCACAGUUUAUAGGACAGGCUGGUGUUGGGAAACAGGAAGAAUUGGGACGUCUCAGUCUGUUAGCAACUGAAAACUUUUGUAUGGGUGGUCCUGGCAUGAUUUUUAGUCGGGAAACUUUGCGUAGAAUGGCACCUCAUGUAGGAGAUUGUCUUGCCAAUCUCUAUACUACUCAUGAAGAUGUAGAAAUUGGUAGAUGUGUAAGAAAAUAUGCAGGGAUACAGUGUACCUGGGCAUAUGAGAUGCAGCAUAUAUUAUAUCAGAAUUAUAAAGAAGAUCAAGGCUCAUUUAAGAAAACUCUCAAAAGUAAAGAAGUGGAAAAUGCUGUGUCUCUUCAUCCUGUAAAAGAACCAUUAUAUCUUUUUCGUAUUCAAAAUUAUUUUCAGUCCACAAAAAUUGUGCAUCUUCAUCAGAAAGAACUACAUCUUUAUCGUGAGAUUAAUAUGAUGGAGGAGUUUAUCGGUUAUCGUCAUCCUAAUGCUUUACAAAAUAAACUGGCGCUUAUGCCUUCACUUAAUAAAUAUAAACCACAAAAUGAUGAUGAGGUUUUAUCAUGGGAAUUUAUAACUAAACCAAUAUUUUCUCAUUUUCACAAUAAUCCAAAACGAGGAUUGGAAGCCUCUUUAUCUGGCGCUAUAGAUGAUGUCAUUAAUCAAAUUAUGCAGUUAGUUAAUAAAAAUGCCCGACAACGUGGUAGAACUAUAGACUUUAAAGAAAUCUUAUAUGGUUACAGGAGAAUAAACCCCUUAUAUGGAGCUGACUAUAUUCUUGAUCUCCUUCUCAUUUAUAGGAAACAUAAAGGAAGAAAAAUGACCGUUCCGGUGAGACGUCAUGCAUACGUUCAGCAAUCUUUCUUUCAGACCGAAUUUGAGGAAGAAAUUGCCACAUUUAAUCCAAAACCUAGCAUGGGUGCUCAUGUGCUCCAUAUUAUACGACAAUUUGCUGUUGGCGCAGAAACUAAACCUAAUAUAGACAAACGAACAGAAACUAUUCAUUUUGUUAUGCCUUUAUCUGGUAGGUUAAAAAUAUUUGAAAGAUUUAUGAAAAACUAUGAGGAAAUCUGUCUGUUAACGGGGGAAAAUGCUCAAUUACAUGUUGUAUUGUAUAAAAGUGAGCGUGAAGAACAAGCACUAGAGGAAAGUAUUAAAUUAUUACAAAAAUAUCAAAAUAAAUAUGGUGGUAAUAGUAUAGAAAUAAUCCAAGCGAAUGGUGUCUUCUCUCGCGGUAGAGGACUAGAAUUAGGUGCUUCAAGGUGUUCAAAAGAUGCACUGUUGUUUUUAGUUGAUGUGGAUAUUGUGAUGACAAGAAGCUCUUUGAAUCGAAUUCGACUCAACACUAAACAAAGAUCUCAAGUUUAUUUUCCGAUCGUGUUCAGUCAAUACGAUCCUGUUACCGUCUGCCUUAAUCACUCUCCUCAUUGUUCUUGUCAACAUGAUGGAUGCCACAUUGAUCCCCUUGACUUUAGUCAAGAUACUGGCUACUGGAGACAAUUUGGAUUUGGUAUUGCUGCCAUGUACCGUAGUGAUAUGUUAUCAGUUGGAGGUUUUGAUCUGAGUAUACAGGGGUGGGGUAAAGAGGACGUAGAUUUAUAUCAAAAAUAUAUUGAAAGUAAUAUAACAAUUUUUCGAUCUGUGGACCCUGGCAUGACACAUGCAUUUCAUGAAAUUUUCUGUGACACAAAACUUGAACCGGCUCAGUUGGUCAUGUGUAUUGGAUCUCGAGCUCAAAGUUAUGGAGCUAUUCCCUACUUAUCAAAAACUGUGUAUGAAACAGACAGUAUCAUGAAAAGACAUGAAAAACACACCCUUAAUGUAGAUUCCUAACACAGGUCUUAUUAUAGAUUGAUUUUUAUGUUUAAAUCAUAUAGAUCAGUAUUAGCUGGUCAUCAUUAGCUGUUACCGUAAAAAACAUUGCAUCCACCACCACCACAACCAUUAAAUCAUGUGGCCGACUUAUUUAUAUACUGUACAUUGUACCUGUAAAUAGAUUUGUGCCAAUCAGUGAAGUUUCCUUUUUAUUUUAGCUGUAGUGAUACCCUUUUUAAUAUUUCUUUCUUAAAGUAUGUAUGAUUGUAUUGGGUUUUAGUUUUACUCAAUCUGAUUAAAAUACAGAUAAAUAUUUCGAUCCAGUUUUUUUAUACUUUCGAUGGCCUACACUACAUAAAGAUCUGACAAGUUGUACUCGAAGGUUGUGUCAGGGGUCGUACAAGCGACUUUUGACCCUAUGAUGUCAGACAUUGAUUAAUCAAUCAGCAUUGACGUUUCUAGUGGUUUACCCACAGUUCCGUGCAUGGCAUGCCAAGAAGUCGCCGUAACAUUGACUUAUCCCUCACUUCAACCAAAAUGCCGGUAAUAUAACAAUUCUUCCAGAUCCUAUUGUAGUAAAGACAAGUAAAACGAGAUUUUGAACUAUAAAAAAGAAACGAAAUAGGAUCUGUGUUUUAACUAGAUUGGGUUUUACUUGCUUGUAUUAUUGAUUCAUUCAUUUUUGGUUGAAAUGUUUCCACUUGCUCAAAAUGGUCCUUAAUAAAUUGUCAAAAAAAAAGUUGUACUUAAUAUGUAAUGAUGUUACCCUAAACUACCAUAUUUUAAUCAGUUUGACAUAUAUAUUUGUAUAAAGAUUUGUUUGUAAUAACAUGUAUAUAAGAACUUACAUAUAUAUAUUAUUGUUUAUUUGGUCAUAAAUAAAUUUAAAUUUUAAAAUUAUUUGUUUAACCAAAAUCAUCUCACCAAAGCUAAUAUUAAAAGUAUAUUAUAUACUCUUCAAAAAAAGUAGGGGAUAUUCAGAAACAAUACAAAACUGCGGAAAUGCACUGCUGUUUUUAUUAGAGGUAACCAGUAUAUGUUAAUAACAGGCCAAUUGCCUACACAUGAACAUAAAUAGUUCAUAUGGGCGUCUUAUCUGACAGCCCAAUUUCACUCGCAAAGAGAUACACUGUCAAAAGUGAAAAUGGACGAUUUUGUUUUUUGUCUUAAUAAUGAGUAAUUGCUCCACCUCAGACAUUCCGCAAUUUGUUGUGGCAUGCUCUUAAUCAACCGUCCAAUCACGAUUUGGGGCAAUCUGACCCACUCCUCUUGUAGUCCUACGGCCAAUUCUUGCAGUGUUGUCGGUUAACGUUAAUGUUGACGAACACGUCUCCCGAUCAUGUCCCAGACAUGCUCUAUAGGGGAAAGGUCAGGACUCAAACUGGCUAAGGCAUAUGGACAAUAAUAUGAAGACGCUGGAGGUAGUCAUUCACGACACGAGCGUGGUGGGCAUGCGCAUUAUCAUCUUGAAAGAAGAAACGUCGACCUGCACGUUGAGAAAAGGGCAGAACUAUCGGUGCCUGGAUGUGGUCACAGUAGUACACACCAGUGAUCCUUCCUUGAACAAUAUGCAAGUCCUUUCUGCCAGUCAUGGUGAUUCCUCCCCACACCAUAACAGACCAACAGACCCAUGCCCGAAUCUGUCAUGCUGCCUAACCUUAACGUUUGCAUGACGCUCAUUUACACGCCUCCAAACACGAGCACGCCUAUUGAUGAAAUCCAGAGUAAAUCUGGUCUCAUCUGAGAACAUUGCACGCGCCCAUCAACGAUUACCCCAAUCUCUACGCUGCCUACCCUACACCAUUGACACCAGUUUGCCAUGUGCUAGCUAGUUAAUGGAGGCACAACAUGCGGUCGUCGCGCAUGCAAAUGGGCUGCAUGUAGCUGAUUUCUCAUCGUUUGGGGUGUAACUUGAAUUCAUGUAACCUGGUAUAAGUUUACAGAAAGCUGAUUGGCUGUUUGUCCUCGAUUUCGCAGGACAUGUGUUCGGAUGUAUCAAUCCUGGGCUUGUGUAGUGGCUCUAGGAUGACCUGAACGAGGUCUAUCCUCAGCAUUGUGUGUUUGUUGGUACCAGUUCCACAGUCUGCUGCUUGCUUUGUAGAACCCAUUUGAAGCAUGCCAAUAGCACGUAGACGUUCAUCAUGUUGAAGACGUCUCAUUGCAAAUUAAACGUAACACACUAAAGCAAAGAUAUGCUAAACAGUAAAUCUUAUGGAAGAACCGAUAGGAAAGCAAAAAUGGAUAGGAUAAACCAGCAUGCGGCAGUUUUCAUCAACCCUUCCUUGAAGUGUCAAAUUUGACAGUGAACCCCUCCCACAUGUAUGGCGCUAUUGCUGUCGCACAUGCAGCUCAGUGGUUCUGUUGGGGCGAUAAGUUCUUCAUCUGUGAACAUACUCUCAAAGCAUGUCAAGUGUCCAUGACUAUUUAUCAUAUCACAACCUGCAUAGGUAUUUGCAUUUCUAUAUCCCCGACUUUUUUUGAAGAGUAUAUAACAAAACAGUUAAUUUAAUGUUUAUGCAGAUAUAUAACAUCUAUUAUUGCCAAAAUGAAGGUAUUAUCAAAGUGUAUCUUUGCAGUCAAAUUCCUUUAUAAAAGAAGUUUCAAAUUGAUAAAUUAAGUUUGAUUGAAUGAUACUGAAUAGAAAUGGUUAAACAAGUUCAUUCAUAUAGAAAAGUCACACAAUUUGAAAGUGUAUCAACAUGUAAAUGUCAGGAUUUGAGUUUGUAAUUGGUUUGUACAAAAUUAUAAAAAUGUGUGAAAAUGACUUUAACAUUUAUAGUUGUAAACAAGUUGUUAUUAUUUGACAUUAACUGAUGACAUUACACAGAUAAUAUUCAGGUUGAAAAUAAUUAUAUAAAUAUCUAUAUUAAAUAUCAUUUUCAUAAAACGUUAUUUUUGAAGAAAUUUGUAUAAACUAUCAUAAUAUGUAAUAAAUAUGAAUAUGGAUUUAAUAACUUUCUCAUGACUCCAAAUAGAUCAUUAUUAGAUGAUAAAAAAAGUCAUUAAACCACAAAACAGAUGAUAUUUUUAUCAGUAUAAUACACCACCCACACCAGUUAUUAUUUCUAUAAUGCCAGCCAUUAUUUUUUUGUGUGAUAUAUAUGUACUCCACCCUAGCAACAUUGAAUCUCACUGAAAUACUACUACUGUAUAUAAAUAACUGAUCGGUUAAAAACUUGUUAUGAAAUGAGUGAUGUUGUAUGUAUGUUUGAAUAUAAUUGACUAUAGCUACUACAAUAAAAAAAAAAUUCACAAUAAAUACAGAAUUAUGCAUACAUGGAAGUGUAUGUAUAUGGUCUAAUACACACAUCUACAUGUACCAGUCUGAUGGUUUCACCACUUGAAAAAAUAUCUACCAGUUCUAUGCAAUUGAUAAAUCAUGUAGGUGUGUUUACUGUUAUAUUAUAGUUUUUAUAUCGAUGCACAGAUGUAUUACAUACACCUACAGUUGUAUAUCAAUAUGGAUGAUGGUAAAUUGCAGGAUUUCACAAAUAUUCUGGAUAUAACCCUAUAAAAGCAAGAUGAUUUUACCCUCAGAAUUGCUAUUUACAACAUCACCAUGGUUAAGUGAGUAUGAUAUAAUUAUGAAGACCUCACUUUAAUAUAUAGAUACCAAUGGAUUUACAACAUAAUCAACUUUAUUUCGACAUGUGAACACACUUAUCUGAACUCUAAAUAUGAGGAAUAACAAGAUUUAAUUAAAUAUAGAGGGAUGGCCUGACUUUCAUUUUACGUAUAAUUUCAUGUUAUAAGACUCCUAAACUAUUUGUUUUUGAAUAUUUUUAAUGUGAUAAAAUCCAUCUUUUUAAUCCACUGUGCCUUUUUUUAUUUACAUGCAAUAAAAGUAAAUGUUCUAUUAGUACUGGGUACUGGUGGGGGGAGGGGGUGACUGAAUGGUUAGCGUGUGCAUGCUGUAUCAUAAAGUCUGUCAUGGAGGCAACUGGCGUGGUUUUGAUUCCCCGGUUAUAUGUGAUAAGGAGUAGGGUUGCCUGUCCAACCUCAUGGGUUUUCUCCGGGUCCUCCGGUUUCCUCCCACUGUUAAAGACCUCUAUGCGCAAGCGAAUUAUUGAAAUAAAAUUAAACCAUAUGUUUGUCCCGAAAUGACCUAGUUUGUGUCGAGCCCCAUUUCUCUCUCUCUCUCUAUUAGUACUGAGAAAUAAUUAUGCAUUUACCGGUAGUUGAAAAACAUUUUAUUUAGCUUUAUUAUUUGUUGAAUAUUACAAAUUAUCAUUGUCCAUGUUCAUAUUAGAUUUCACAUUGACAUAAGACCAGCUAACUGAGACAUAUGUCACAGUUUAUUUAUUUCAAAUACAGCCGAAAAUGUAAAAAAAAAAAAAAAAAAAAUAUAAUUCUCAGCAUAUUUGUGUUAGAGCUACAGAUUGUCAUUUGCAUUUUUUGAAAAAUCAUAUCAAAAUGUCCAAAAAUAGAUUUUACCCAACCCUUAUGGGUGGUUCUAGCUUGUUUAUUUCAUCUGCUUUGGAUACCAAAUAUUGGAAAUUAUUCAUAUCUUUGUAAAUACUGAACUGAAUUGAAACAUGUUUUGACUGAUAUUACUUUCAGAGAUUCACAAUAUCGUAAUUUGCAUACAAUUCAAAUUCCCUUAAAUGGCAAUCCCUGACUGUAAGAAAUGGUUUCAGCAUGUUUUCAAUGAUCAAAGGCAAAAACAUAAUCAGUAAUGCGCAAAAUUUGUUGUUUUUUUAUUGCUAUGAUCUGGAGCAUUAUUUUGGAAAAUGAAUGUUAUGGUGUAUGCCAACUUAAGAUUUAAAUAUUACAGCCAUUUUUUUAAAAAAAAAAAAAAGAAAGAUAAAUUCACCAGAUUAAAUUGUCUCCAUUUAUCUAGAGCCGGCCAAAAUAUUUGACUUUUUCAUAAUAUUAGUGUUUUAUCAGUUGGCGUAUCACAGAUUGAAUGUGGAUUAAAAGUAGAUUUACACUUUUAUACAGAAAAUAAGGUAUUCUAUAUAUUGCUACAAUUUGAAGAUAACAGAUUUCUACAGCCAUGGGUAUAAUUCUUAAAUAUUUGCCCACCUUGUGGUGAUGGUAAAUUUAGACAAAUUCUUUUUACAUAAUAUUUGAGUUGGCCAUUAAAAUUAACCCUUCGAUCCCAACAUGACAGACGGUAAAUUAGCAUUUCUAUCAGCUUUUAUUUCACCAGUAAUCUACGAAACUUCGAAAGUUUGGGGCGAUUAAAGUCUAAGGUUUCUUAAAUUUGUUUAGUUGAUAUUAAGAUUGACAGUAGAUUAUAUCUGUAUUAAAUGUCAUGUAUUUAAAAAUGCAUUAUAUAAGAGCAUUUUAUGCCUAAUGCAUAUCUUUCGUUUAGCCAAAAAUGUUAUAUAAAUCAUUAGUUAGACAUUUAUUCACAUGCCAAGCCCAUAAUCAACACUUUAGACCAUUGAAUGCUUUUGAUUUUAAAUUGGAUGAAACACAAUUGCUAGUUAAUGAUUUCAUGAAAAAAAAUUGGAUGGUCGAGACUUUGUUUAUUAUCGUAACAACAGUUGCAAUGACAAUGAGACUACAAUGUUCUUCUAACAGCUAUAAUUCCGCUUAGAAUGAAGUAAUUUGAAUGAAAUUUUCAACAUAUUCCCCUUUCAUUAACUAUUAUAGCGAGAACUGCCAGCUCUUUAUCUAAAUCUUAAAUAAUGCAUCUUUAUGGAAAUGGCUUGUACAUGUACCACAAGUUUAUAUAAUAUGGGAUAUAGGAAAAGUAGAAAUAUUUGGCAAUUGCAUUCAAAGGUUUAUUUGAUUAUAAAAACUGUUUUCAAGAAGUGAAUUUUACUAAGAACAAUGUGUGUGGGUGGGUGGGUGUGUGUGGAUGUAAAGAUGGCUAAUGUCAAAUAUUCAUGUCAAAUAUUCAUUUCAAAUAUUCAUUUCAAAUAUAUUAUCUUGUCUUUUGCCACUGGUAUCUAGUCUGGGUGCACUACAUUAAAUAGUUUGAUCCCAUCUAUCCCAUUGAAGCUUUCCAGAGACCAAACUCCUUUUAGACAAUUUAUGUGAAUAUUCACGAAUCUGAUCUGAAGUACAUGUAUUUCAGAAAUCUUCCACCAUGUAGGACUUUCAGAUUCUAAUGAACAAUGUGGAUAACAUGGCCAUCAUUUAUGUGUAGGAUAGAGCACGAGGCUGAGGUUAUGCUGGGGAAAGAAAGACUAAAGACAAUAACCCGAGAAACAGAAAAACCGAGGCCAAGAGGCCUAUGGUUUUCUGUUUUGGAUUUUUUCUGAAGUCUUUCUUCCCCAGCAUAACCGAAGUCAAGGACUUUAUCUUCCUUAUAAACAGUCUAUGUUUACAUGUCGGCAAAAUGAGAAUAUCCCAACAUUCCUGUAAGAAAAACCUUACAUCAUGUUUUCUUAUGGAAAAAAAAACCUACCCUGGAAGUAUAACCCGUUACAGGUAUAAAGAAAAACUUUCAGAAGUAUAACCCCAAAUUCCCCUGUAUAUAUACCAAGCCGCCCCGAUUUUCAGAGCGCAAGUUAUUCCGGGCAUAGAAUAUAGCCCAAAGAUCAAGAGAUUUACCGUUAUAGGUUUAUAAAAACAUAUUUUAAGGUGACAUUUACCCCAGAUGUGAAUAAUUAUACCUACUAGAAAUUUGUGGGUUAUUUUAUAGCUGAUGCCACAAGACAAAAAGCACUUACUAGACACUAUAUUGAUUAAUCAUCACUGAUUCUUUGUGUUAUAAUUUGGUUGUUCUCUUUUUUUAUACAUUUUGAAGAUAUGUUAUUGUUUAUGUACAUCGUUUUCAUGGAUUAGACUAUUAUUGUUAAUAUCUCUACUGUAAUUUAUAUAUAUAUAUAUAUAUGUUGAAACCAUUUUUACAUGACAUGUAAAACCAUCCCUAUACCUGCCCUUCUAUAUGUCCCUCAUAAGAUUUUCAGUAAAGCUCUCUAUUUAUUGUUCGGUUUUUGUUUUUAGCCCAUUCAUCCAUAAACUUUUUCAUAAAC